AUGGAACAAAAGAAAGAUGUCACUCAGAAGAACAUAUCUGGAAGUGGCAGUGAUGAAGCUGAUGGCAACAAUAUAUGUGGUUUCAGAAAGAAAAAGGGAGUCAAAGGUGCUGCAAAAUAUGUUUCUCCAGUAGAAACUGAGAAGAUUCAGUUGCCCAACUCUUCAGAACCCCCAGAUCUGUAUGAUCUUCAAGGAACGACUGGUUUUUCAGAACUACAAUCAGAUCAGCCUCUUCAAGCCCUGGAUAGUUUUCCUCCAGUACAAAAGGAGAGAAGACAUACUGGCAGUAACAUGGAAGAAGGCAUGCCACAGGAAACAGCAGAAAGCCAGGCGUCUGCUGACACUGGGAAAAGAAUGACAGAAAAAUUGCAUAAGGAAAUAGAUACUCCAGAUAAAAUGGAUGUGCCCAUACGAGUACAACCUGCAAGCGACGAAGAAGAAUCGAGGUGCUUGGACACAGUGAGUAAAGGAAGRAACACGGAGAGGACAGAGAAUGAAGAGGGUGAAUGUUGGGGAACAGAAGCAGCCAAGUUUUGUGUGACACAGUCCGGUCCCCCUGAGAGUACGGAUGCAGUGCAGGGUAGUGCUCCUGGAGAGCUCUGCAUGGUGGCAACAGGAAUUUCUAAACAAACUUUGCAGGAAUUGGGAAACCUGUUGAAUGAAGGUUCUCUGCUUAAUCAUAGACCCAAACAUAAUAGCAGGGCAGGAGUCACUUUUUUUCCAAAAAUUCUGAAGCCAAAGGAGAAAGCCGACAAGCAGGGGAGAUCCUUCGAGACUUUCAGUGCCCRUUUUGGAGAGGGGAAUCCAAAGCACCAAAGUUUCCACAACCAGGAAUUCGGGCAGCAGAGCAAGCCCUUCUCAGUUCUUAGCUCUGCUGGGUCUGAUCAGCAACAACCAGAAGGAAGUGACGUGGAUCAACCUGUUCUUAGAUUACCCUCAACUUCUAAAAAUGCAGAAAGCUCUACUUCAGAAAGUCAGUUUGACUCUUCCACAGAUGAGCCUGUGUCCAGCAGGGAGCCUGAUGAAAACGGCCGUGGAAGUCCAACUCGUCUUCACCAGUUCUCUCAUAUUGAAUUUAUUAAGCAACAGAUGGCCAGGGACAAUGUACAGUUUGUCAGAUUUGAGUCAAUAGACCUCCAUGGUGUGUCAAGAUCAAAGAACAUUCCUUCUCGCUUUUUUCAUGAAAAAGUAAUUCAUGGUGUUUCCAUGCCCAGAAGUUAUCUGGAACUGACUCUGAAUCCUAAGGAUAGUGAAAUAGAUUACUUAAAYGCAACCAAUUUUAAUUGUGAUAUAAUUCUGAACCCUGAUUUAUCAACUUUUCGAGUUCUACCCUGGACCGAACAGACUGCUCGAGUGAUAUGUGAUUCCUUCACCGUACAGGGCAACCCUCUGAUGACCUCACCCAGGCACAUUGCCAAGAAACAGCUGAGCCAGCUUCAGGACAAUGGUUUUUCUCUACGCUCUGCUUUCACUUAUGAAUUUUGCAUUUAUGGCAUUACUGAGGUUGUAAAUUCAAAGACAAUAUCUUUUCCUGCAGCAACGAUACUAAAUAACCAUGAUCAGGCUUUCAUUCAGGAGCUCAUUGAAGGAAUGUAUUAUGCUGGUGCCAACAUCGAAAGCUUUUCUUCUUCCAGUGGACCUGGACAAAUGGAGAUCACUUUUCACCCAGAGUUCGGCACAGAUGCUGCUGACAGUGCCUUCACUUUCAGAACAGGCAUUAAAGAAGUGGCUAAGAAGUAUAGCUAUGUGGCUAGCUUUUUCUCAGAGUCAGGAUUCUACAAUUCGGGGAUUCUGUCACAUAGCCUGUGGGAUCUGAGUGGCCAGAAGAAUUUGUUUUCUCUCGGCUAUGGAACUGAGGAGCUCAGUGAUGUUGGAAAAUAUUGGUUGUCAGGUCUCUUGGCACAUACGGCAGCUAUCAGCUGCUUGAUGGCUCCUACCACCAGCUGCCGUAAGCCUUUUUCCAAAUACAGUAAAGAAUCCAAAGAGACUGUAAAUGCAAAAUGGGCAUAUAAUGAUAACAGCUGUGCCUUUAAUGUCAAAAGUCAUGAUGGAAAAGGCACUCACAUAGAGAAUAGGUUAAGUUCUGCUACAGCAAACCCCUAUUUGGUGCUUGCUGCUACUGUUGCUGCAGGUCUAGAUGGAGUAAAGAGAGGACUUAGGUAUGAUACUUUGGAGGAAGAAAACCACAUUUCUGAUCCAAAACCUUCAUCAAUCCCUCUGAAACUAGAAGAUGCUCUUGUUGCACUCGAGAAAGAUUCAUGCAUUAAGGAAGCAUUAGGUGAAACAUUUGUCCGAUACUUUGUUGCCAUGAAACGUUAUGAAUUAGAAACUGAAGAGAUGGAUGGUGAAAGGAAUAAAUGUUUGGGAUAUUUUAUUUAG